CUCAUUUUCCUGGACGCUUUCGUACUCUUCUUUCCAAACUCAAGUUGAUUUCAUCACAACCACCUUGAGUUUGAGGGGGGAUGUUAAGAUGUGAACAUAAUUAUAUUUAGAAUUAUUGUAAAUAUUUUAUACUUUAGAAUAUUCUCUUUGUAUACUUUAUACCUUAGAAUAUUCCCUUUGUAAACACCUAUAUAUAGGUCAUUGUACAUACAGUAUAAUUCAAGAAAGCAAUAAACCUUUCUUCAGAUA